CCGCGGCCGCUUUAAGGCGGGGGCCCCGCCCCCGGGCUCGGGGCGGGGUCUUAAGGGCCCCGCCCCCUCGGCUCCUCCCCCGGGCCGCGCGGGCGCAUUGGCUGUGCGGGGCGCGGGUGGCCGGCAGCCCUUUGAACGGGCGGCGGCGCGGAACGGGCCGUUUUGCGGCUGGGGCGGGGCUGGUGUCCGGGCUUCAAGGGCUGUGUCGGGGUCGGGGCCGGACACCUACGCUCCUCGGCGGCGGUGGCGGCGGCGUCCGGGCCAUGGCGGCCGAGGCGCGCGUGUCGCGCUGGUACUUCGGUGGGCUGGCGUCGUGCGGGGCCGCCUGCUGCACGCACCCGCUGGACCUGGUCAAGGUGCAUCUACAGACGCAGCAGGAGGUGAAGCUGCGCAUGACGGGGAUGGCGCUGCAGGUGGUGCGCUCCGAUGGCAUCCUGGCUCUCUACAAUGGGCUGAGCGCCUCCCUGUGCAGACAGAUGACCUACUCCCUGACUCGAUUUGCCAUCUAUGAGACCGUGCGGGACCAGGUAACCAAGGGCAGCGAGGGCCCCCUGCCCUUCUACAAGAAGGUCUUGUUGGGCUCCAUCAGUGGUUGUAUCGGCGGUUUCGUGGGGACCCCCGCGGACAUGGUCAACGUCAGGAUGCAGAAUGACAUGAAGCUGCCUCAGAAUCAGCGCCGAAACUAUGCCCACGCCCUGGACGGCCUGUACCGCGUGGCCCGAGAAGAGGGUCUGAAGAAGCUGUUCUCGGGCGCAACUAUGGCGUCCAGUCGAGGGAUGUUGGUCACCGUGGGCCAGCUGUCCUGCUAUGACCAAGCCAAGCAGCUGGUUCUCAGCACGGGGUACUUGUCCGACAGCAUCUUCACUCACUUUAUCGCCAGCUUCAUUGCGGGUGGAUGCGCCACAUUCCUGUGCCAGCCCCUGGAUGUGCUGAAGACCCGGCUGAUGAAUGCCAAGGGCGAGUAUCAGGGUGUUCUGCACUGUGCCAUGGAGACAGCGAAGCUUGGGCCGCUGGCCUUUUACAAGGUUAAGCAGGGGCGUGGCUGGGGCAGGGGGGCAGGGCAGGGGGGUUCCCUCCAGGGCUAUCUUCACAUCCCCCCUCCUCUCUCCCUCAGGGCCUCGUGCCUGCCGGCAUCCGCCUCAUGCCCCACACCGUACUCACGUUUGUGUUUCUGGAGCAGCUUCGCAAACACUUCGGCAUCAAAGUGCCGUCCUGAUGUGGCCGUAGGAGCAGAUGGGUCAUGCCCAGCCCCCUGCCCCAGUAUUUUCCAGAGUCCUGGAGGGUCAGCAGCUGAGCGCUGCCCUGAGCCCAGCACCUGCCCGCCGUGCUCCGACCCCCUCCUCCCUGGCUCAGGACCCCCGCCCCAGCCUGCCUGGCCAGCCCAGUAACCAUCGUCCCCUCCUGAGCUGCUGCCCACACCUCCACCCCCUGCUGCCCACCCCAGGCUCUCCCCACCUGAUGUCCAGCGGCCUCCUCUGCACACCAGUGACUCCCUCAGAGGAAGGUGUCUAGGCCCCAGGUUCAGUUUUCUCUCUCCCCAAGUAGGCAGUUAACCCUGGAGUUGGGAGGGGCAGGCUGUCCAGGCUUUCUGCAGUCUGGAGUCUCCAGCCCCUGUAGUCUCUUCCUUUCACUAAGCCCAGGGCCCCCAGCACUGUCUUCCAGCAGCUUCCACCGAGGACCUGGGUGAUAGAGUGGGGGUGUGGACCCCCGGCAUCGCUCACCAAAUGACCCGUGCACCUGCACUUUCAUCCCAGGAGAGGGACCAUAGCUUUUAUGAUGUUCUCAAAGGUAGCUGCGCACCCACAGCUGCCGGGCCAGGGCAGAAUGAGUACCCAGGAGGGAGGGUCUGGGUGUGACCCACAGGUGCCCCACACCCCUGCCCCCCCGGUCCAGCCCAUCCCCAGUUGCUUUAACAAUCAAUCAGUUUCACCAAAACCUCUCAGUGCCAGCAGGCGGCUGCUGCCUUCAUGGAGCGGGCAGUGUCCCCUCCUGGCUCCCUGAGCAGGAGUGGCAUGUCCACAGGGGCUCCUGUCUACACAGCGGUCACUUGCAAGGUCCCCAGCAGCUGAUCAGCCAAAACGCCACUGCCCAGGUUCCACUGCCACAGCAGCCUGCAGAUGGGCUGGGAGCUGCAUCUGUCCGCCUCCCCCAGUCACCUGGCCACUGUGCCACACCCCCCGCCCCCCCAGCAAGUGGCCAGCACUUCCACGUCGCCCUACAGGGGUGUUAAUAAAGGACGGUGAAGUGC